AUGGGGAUGACGCGCCCGAUCCCGACCGUGGCGCUGGCCUUGGUCCUGGUGCUGGCCUUGCUGGUGCCUGGUCUGCAGGCCCAGUGUGAUACUUGCAGUGAUGGUUACUCGUGCUGUGACGACACGUUCUGCUGCUCUGGCUCUGGAUCAGAGGCGAGCUCCAUCUGCUGUGAUUCCAAGACUGCUACUUGCUGCAGGGGCACGUGCUGCGAGAAGCAGACCACUUUCUGCUGUCCCGCUGUCAAUAACCACCCCGAUCGCUGCUGCCCUCGCUGGACCGUCUGCUGCCCCGGUGGCCAAGAUGGUUGCUGCACACCCGAGGAAGCCAGUGCCAUCUACGGCCUUAACAUGACUCGAACCAACAACGGCCUGAAGGCUGAUGGCCCGGUGCUUCAUACGUUGUUUGUGGAAGUGUCUGCCCUGCGUGCGGCCACCAUCGACAUUGCUUCAGGCCAAGUCAUUGCCAACCCUGUCACCAACUUCAACAACUGGGGAGAAAUGACCCGCCCCUUCACCUACAACCCGGCCAAAGCAGAGUUCUACUACUUUGAGGCCGAUUACAUCAACACCACCACCAACGCCACCCAACGCCCUUUGUUCAUGUACACCAUCGACGCGGCCUCGGGUGAAGGCAAAAAGCAGGUGGUCUCAGGCGCCUACAAUCUGCCCACCGCCUUUGAGUACGACUGUGCCAACGAUCAGCUUUAUGUCGCCACCCAGGAGCAGGCCAAGGACGGCAGCGUCAACGGCUACAACUUUUACACCGUGGAUACCAACACGGCCGUCGCCUCUCAUGUCUCACGAGCUGACGCCUCCGGUGACAACGCCUGGGCCGGCUGGUUCCAUGAGCUGGGAUCCCGGGGGGAUACGACCUACCGCCUGGGCUUUGAAGAUGCCCGAACUGAACUCAACUUUGGCCUUGGCUCCACUGACAUCUCCUCUGCCACAGCCAACACGACCUGGGUCGACGUCAAUGCCGCUCCUGAGCACGACAACUAUGACACCAUUACCUUGCACGAUGGCCUAUUCUAUUCCUUGGCACAGAGCCUGACCAACAACAGCUACGAUCUCAUCAAGUGGACCCCGGUGGCAACCCCCAGCAUUGUGACUUCCUUCACCAACGCCCAUCCCGUCAAGAUUUUUGGUCACGUCCUGACCCAGUGCGACUGCCACAGCGAUCAAUUCAUCGCUGUCGUCGUGGAGGACCACUUUCCCGGCAUCACCAAGGAUCGUUGGACCUUCCACCUCGUUGACUUGACCACCGGCAAGGAUCAGGUCGUCGAGACCAUUCCCGAAUUCCCUGCCAAUGAGUUUUCCAUCGCUGGACUUGGUCUGCCUGUCACCAACUAA